AUGGCAGACACGAAAAGCGCCCCGUCCCCGCCAACCAAACCAGACGGGGACUCUACAAUCGUGGUGAACUCUAUAAUCGAGGACUCGCAGAGUCCCACGCAAGCGAAACCCCAACGCUCAUUCCGCUCCUUCAUCUGGGACACAGAUACCCAUCUCAAGACAAGCGCCGAGCGCCGCUUUCUUCUGAAACUCGACGCCGCCAUUCUCAGCGUGGGAUGUCUGGGGUUCUUCAUGAAAUACCUCGAUCAGGGAAAUAUGGCCAACGCGUACGUGUCGGGGAUGCAAGAGGCGCUUUCUAUGUAUGGGAAUGAGUAUACGUACGCCGGCACGGCGUACACGGUUGCAUAUGCCGUCAUGCAAGUGCCUAGCACGUUGAUCGUGCAGAAAGUCCGACCGAGCGUUUGGCUCCCUGCGAUGGAGAUUGGAUGGGCUGUUUUUACGUUUGCGCAGGCGGGAUUGCGGGAUGUGGGUGAGUUGUAUGCUUUUCGGUUCUUGAUUGGGUUGUUUGAAAGUUCUUUCUUUCCGGUUCUUCUUUACGUGUUGGGGAGCUGGUAUACGAAGACGGAAUUGGCUAAGAGAGUUGCGCUCUUUCAUAUGACGGCUCCGCUGGGUACGGCGUUUGGUGGAUAUCUUCAAGCGGCUGUUUAUAAGAAUUUGGAUGGGGCUCAUGGGCUGGCUGGGUGGCGGUGGCUCUAUAUCAUUUGUGGGUGCAUGACUGUUCCUGUUGGAAUUGCUACCUUUUUCCUGCUUCCCGAUACUCCAUAUACCACUCGCGUCUGGUAUCUCUCCAAGAGUGAACGUGACCUAGCCGAAGAGAGAGUGUUGAAAGCAGGAAAGGCAAAACCGGUGAAAAUCACCCUGGCCACAUUCAAGAAAAUCCUAAGCUCUUGGAAGUGGUAUGUCUUCGUCAUAGGAUAUGUCCUCUAUGGCGAGUCGUGUGGUGCCAGCUCAUACUUCGCUAUCUGGCUGAAAUCCGAGGGAUUCUCAGUCGUUGAUCGAAAUCUUAUCCCCACGGGAACUUCUUUGAUUUCAGGAGCGUGUGUUGUGAUUUGGGGAUUCCUCUCAGAUUACACUGGAAGCAGAUUUGCCUGGGUGCUUGUACCUCUGAUCCUCGCGCUCAUUCCUAAUGGCAUUCUCGCCGUCUGGCCAUCAAGCCUGGCUCUGAAAGAAUUUGCAUUCUUAACUGUCAAUGUACAUCUUAUGACAGCUGUGUUCUAUUCGUGGGCUAAUGAGGUUUGUGCCGACGAUAAUGAGGAGCGGGCUGUGGUAAUUAGUAGCAUGAACGGAUUUCAGUAUGCGGUUGCGGCCUGGCUACCUAUCGUGAUCUUUCCACAGACUAUGGCGCCGACAUUUAGAUAUGGCUUUCCGACAACAUUUGGCUUAGUCAUUGCAGCGAUUAUCGCUGUUGUUGUGAUUCAGAUAUUUGUUUUGCGAGAUAAUCGGAAUCGGAAGGAAAGGGAGGCCUCGAGCGGAACCCAGGAGACAUAUUAA